AAAGCAGUUGAUAUCGCAAUUAUUAUGCAAUUAUAAUUGCAAGAGUUACAAACUAGUGCAGUUAUUUCAUGCUCUAACAUGUUACUCAGUUCCACAGAAAUUAAAGUGCUCCAAUCAGAAUGACAAGACUCUCGAUGUAACUUCGAGACAACUUGUUUUAGAAGAAAAAUUAUAGACAUUAAUCCAGCAAACUAGAACAGAGGUGAGCUAAUACACUUUUAUACAGUAACUUUGACGCCUUCAAGAUGGCUACGAAUAAAGACUACGCAAUCGGCAUCGACUUGGGCACGAGUAACUCGUGCGUGGGAGUCGUCAGGAACGGGCGCGUGGAGAUCAUCGCCGACGAGCGAGGUAGUCGCCUCACGCCGUCGUUUGUUGCGUUCACUGAAGAUGAACGACUUAUUGGCGAGUCGGCCAAGCUUCAGCGCACUGAAAAUCCUGCCAACACAGUAUACGAAGUGAAGAGACUCAUCGGUCGUAAGUUCAGCGAUGAAGCAGUGCAGAAUAAACUCCCUCACUGGCCAUACCGCGUCGUCAACGCCAGCGGCAACCCCAAAAUCUGCGUUCAAUAUCUCGAAGAGGAAAAAUUUUUCACCCCAGAAGAGAUUUCAGCGAUGGUGCUGUCCAAAAUGAAAGAAAUCGCCCAAAUAUUCCUUGGAUGUGAAGUUAGGAAGGCGGUCAUUACUGUACCUGCGUACUUUACGGACUCUCAAAGACAGGCUACAAUUGAUGCUGGUACCAUUGCGGGUCUUGAGGUACUGAAAAUCCUCAAUGAACCUACCGCUGCCGCCAUUGCCUACGGGGAAGACACGAUCGUCGCCUAUGAGACAAACAUUCUGGUCUUCGACUUCGGCGGCGGGACUUUUGAUGUAGCGGUUCUGAAAAUGAAGAAAGAAAACUACGAAGUCAAAUCUGUUGAGGGGAAUAGCCAGCUUGGAGGAGGGGACAUAGACUGUCGCGUUGGUAAAUUUUUGAUAAAUUCAAGGAGAGAACAGGGCUGGAUGUAUCUAAUGAAAUGAAAGUUCAAGCAAAAAUUGUCAAAGCUGCCGAACAGACAAAGAUCAAUUUGUCAGUUCGGAAGCAGGACAAAGUUCAAAUAGAGAGCUUGAGUAAUGGGCAAGAUUUCAUCUUUGUUUUGACCCGAAUCAGGUUUGAAUUACUUUGCGAAGAUAUUUUUACAGAAACUAUGCAGUGUGUGGACAGAGCGAUUACCAAUGCGGGGCUUACAACAAACGAAAUUCACGAAGUAGUCAUAGUCGGCGGUUCCAGUUGGAUUCCCAAGCUCAGAAAAAUGCUAGAAGAAAAAUUUCCAAACAAGGAAAUCAAAAGGACGAUCAACCCUGCGGAAGCUGUUGCUUAUGGCGCAGCUGUCCAGGCAGCCAUGCUCAACAACGACCGAAGUGUUAAACACAUUCAGCUGACAGAUGUGACCCCGCUGUCCCUUGGCAAGGCUAUUAUUGGUGAUAAAAUGAGCAUCAUUAUCAAACGAAACUCUAAGAUACCGGUCGAAUGCACUAGGAAUUACACUACUGUCGAAGAUUAUCAAAAAUUCGUAUUAAUCAAAGUUUACGAAGGCGAAAGUGCAGUUGCCUCGAGGAACAAUUUAUUGGGGGAGUUCAGGGUUGAAGGGAUCGAAGUGGCCCUGGCUGGGGUACCCUCAAUCGAUGUAACUUUUUCCCUAGACAAAAACGGGAUAUUGAGUGCUACUGGCGUGGACCGGAAGACUGGAGCCCGAGGUCAAGUUACCAUCUCCAUUAAUAAAGGACGUCUCAAAAAGGAGGACAUUAAGAGAAUGAUUGUAGAAAUGAAGGACAUGGAAAAGCUAGAGAUUCAUAGCCAUGCUUAGAUGAAUGAUUUUGCUUAAGUGGUAUCGUCGAUCGCAUAAAAGAAGUCUUCUAGAAAAGCUCAAAAAAGAAAGUCCCAAGAGUUUACGAUGUAUUAAUAAGGCUGUGCAACGAGUCGAGGCUUGGUCGGAGUAUCACGACUAUGCAACCAAUGCGGUUGCAUCGAGACUUUCUCUGAACUCCUGGCUGACUUUACCAUCUAAUUACUUUUUUUGCAACUUUACAGCAGCACAUGAAAUGCUAAAGCAGUCCGGCUGGUGAAUUUAUCGCUUGGAACCCUUCUAUUUUGCUGUUUUCUUUAAGCAUUAUGCAGUAAUUCAAUUGUAACUAGUUAUAAUAAAGUUGCCUUCCCAUC